AUGAGCACACAGCCAAGAGUAGCAUUAUUUGGAGAAAAGACAGUAUACAAAGUAAAUAACUUAGAGGUGAAAAGAAUUGUUAUUAUGAUAUACAAUGCGAUGGUUUAUGAUAUUAGCAGAGGAGAGGUCAAUCUAAAUAAAAUAUCUGAGCGUAUAUGUGCAUUGCUAGAUGAAACACCAUUUGAGCUGAUAAUGACCAAAUUACCAGCAGGCACAUCAGAUAGUGGUGGAUAUCUAAAAGAAGAGGUGUACGCAAACAUAAUUACAUAUAUUAAAAGAAGCAUUACAGGCGGAAGAAUUUUCAAUAUAAUAACCAAACAUGUGUUUGAUGGGAGCGGUUCUGUGUUCUCCGACCCAAUACCACUAUAUCUAUUAUAUGCGGCAACUAAUACACAGCGAUACCGGCCAUCUAGUUACCAACCACAUGUAAUUCCUCCAUAUGAGUAUCUUUACAUGCAAGAUAAUAAUCCACAAUUUAAAGAAGUUCAUGUAAAAAACAAAUUAAUUCAUGCUGUUAGAAAAGAUAUAUCAGAUGCAAAAAAAUCCAUGCCUGAAAUUACUAUAAUUAUUCCCAGCUUGUAUCCUUUUUUGAAAUAUAUUUUAAUCUUACUUGGUCUGAUUUUCUUCACCAUGUUUAUUUGGGUGUGUUUUUAUAAACAUAACGCAUAGUAAAUUAUAUAAUAAAAAUAGACA